ACCAACCGCGCCGCGUCGCGUCCCGCGCUCUCGUCAGUUGCCGCGGCGGACAGUAGGUAAUCGCGCGGAUCGACGUUGCAGUUUUAACUUACUAAUACUUGCCGUCAAAAUGCCUCCUAAAGGCAACAUAGGCGAAUUCUCAGUUCAAAAGUUGGUAAAUGAAAUAAAAAAACGCGAGUGUGUUUGGAACACAGAGAGUGAUGAGUACAAUGAUAGAUAUCAAACUGCCAUAGCCUGGAAGGAGAUAUCCGAAGCACUGCAACUGCCAAUUGAUUUACUACGAAUGAAAUGGAAGAAUUUACGUGAUUCAUUUAAAAAGGAGUUGAAGAAGACUGGCGCCACGUGUGUGGAGGACUACAAUGGUAAAUGGCCACACAUGGAGUUACUAAGCUUCAUGGAGAAACCGAGUGAUAACGAAGCGAGCACGACUGAGACUGAAAGAGAAGAGAAAGAAGACAUCGUGAGCUUCUCAAGUUUCACUGACACGAACUUUGUGGACGUGCAGUCGAAUGGUAAUAACGAGGAAGAAAUAGAUGUGCCAGUACCAGAAAAAAGAAGGAAGACCUAUGCUGAAGAGGAGUAUGACUUGAUGUUUCUAAAAUCACUAGCCCCGUUCUUCAGAGAUUUAGAACCAGUGAGGAAACUAGUGUUGCGAAGUAAAAUACAGGACUUGGUAAUGAACGAGAUUGCGGCACAGAAUUCUAGUAACAAACUGUAUAUGAUGAAAAAAAGCUAAUACGAACAAGCAGCUCGCGAACUUAGUGUAAGUAAUAGUACUAAAGUAUGGACACUCCCUGCCGCCCGCUGCUACCUGACCUCACCCCCUCGUAAACACGCGUCAGUUACCAUACUCUAAUGGAUGUCUCUAGACGGAAAAUGGAGUCUUUCAUAAAAAUAAAAAUACAAGUAACA